UUGGUCCUUUCUGGUAAUACUGGAGAAAUCUAGUGGCUGACUCCAGUUAGAGCUUAUUCUAUUUUAAAACCCAAGACAGUCUUCAUAGAUAGAAGAAAUGAAGUACCAUUAUAUUUUGUUAGCUAUUCGGGUUACAGUGUUGGAAACAAAAAAGAGAUUUUCUGGCCUUGUGUUUCUUGCUUCUGGGGAUGUUUUUUUAAUACUUAGCCACUGAUUUCUGCUAAAUGUUUCUCUAGAGCUUUAAACUCUGUGUUCUGCUUAACCCCACUUAGGAGCCAUACAGUUAAUGACUGCAGUGUAGGAUUAUACCCACUGCUGCAGGGUUCUCUCAUUUGAUUUUCUGGGGGAGCCCAGUUUGAGGAUACAUGAACUUCUGCAGUGUAGCUGACUGGUGGUUGGGUUUUUUUUGUAUACCCAGAAAUUAACAUCACUAAAUGCUCUAAUGCAUACUUUGAAUUCCUUGUUUGCACUGGAGCCUAUAAUGAUUGUAGUUAAUAGUUCAGUUUAACUAUCUUGUAUGUUAAGAAUAUCAGUAUGGUGUAAGAGUGGAUUUCAGUGAACAUAGUGGCAAAAUGUACUUUUUUGUAAUUUUUAAGAAAUUAUUUCAAAUGCACCUAAAAAUAGUCAGCAGAUUAGCACAAAGGAUUUGUUGCAAAGCAGUCAGGUCAUCUUUACAAGCAGGAUUUAAAAGGUUUUAGGGGAAAAAAUAGAAUACAAAUUCAUUCUUAAUAUAACUGAAGGUAUUUCUGUGAAGCAAUUUGAAAAUGAAAUUCUUUGUAGAAACAAAAAUAUAUUGUUUUUUAAACAGUGUCUCCAUUUCCAGAUGGAAAUGUUGGUUUUAAACUUCCAGAGGGAGGAUCAGCACAAUCAUACUGACUUUUGAGGAGAUAUAGUACAUAAAAAAGUGAUAUUACUUGAAUAAGAUUAUUACUAGGUUUCUUAAAUGAACCUUGUCGUAUCUGAAGUCAGGUGACUCAGACGUGCGCAAGGCUCCCACGCUUCCCAGUUCCUGAACAGGCUCUUCUUGAAGUGAUGUAGUCUGCUGGUGACUCUCAAAGCACAUUAUUUUGUAUAGGGCUGAGCCUGUCUUUCUCAACAGCUGCUCUUUGUAUUUUAUCUUUUCUGAUUCUUAAUUAGUUUUUCUCCAGCAUCUUUUCUCCUUUCUCCCCUAUACAUGAACUUUUUUUGCUAGAAGAAUCACAUUGAACGGCCUUGUGCUUAUUCUCCACUAUCCUUAUUCUGCUGUGCCCAAAUCUAUUUCUCCUGUAGUCUGUGAUUGGAAGGCUUUUAUUUAAAAAAAAUCAGUUCUUCUGUCUCACAGUUCUUUCCACCCUCCCAGAUUACCACACUUGUAAUAAUGCUCCACAGUUUGUGCUGUGACACAUAGGAGCCCUUUAAUGUAGUUUGUGUGCCUGGACUACUGCUACUGCAUUUGUGAAAUCCACUGCAGCUCUGUUACUGUACACUCAAGGGCACUUAACUCACAGGUAAUGCAAAUUGCUUGCCAUAAGCAAUUGAUAGAGAUGAUGGAAAAAUGGGUGUAGUCUUUCAUUUGGUAGGUCAGCAGUAUACAUGGGAGAAGCUUUACUUGAUUUGCUUUUGAAAAUAGGUUAACCAAGUAAGCCUGAAGUCAUCCAGACUGUUGUCUUCAGUGCUGUGAAUGUGGAUUAGAAUGGAAAUAGAAGUAUAUUGAUUUACUUCUUUGUAGUUCUUUGCAUCACUGCUGAAGUUCUCUGAAGAAUGAGAUAGUUCUCACUUCUAUCAGUCUGGUCAUAUAUUAUUAUAUAUAUGUAUGUCAUUCUGAAAGUAAUGCCUCUUAUUUAUUUCCGUGGAAAGUACAAAUGACACAAUGAGCACAAUAAUACUAUUUGGUAGAGCAGUUUUUCAACAGUCACCUAUUAGCUAUGCAUUUUCUCCAGCCAUGAACAAGAGCCUGCAUGCCAUGCUCAGAAGAAUCUGCACCAGAGGACGUGACCCACUGUCACUGUCACCACUGCUGAAAACCACCGCCCACCUCCUCACUGUGCUCACACCAACUGUUUGGUCUCCAUAAUGUUCAGCAAGCAUUGAUGAAUGCAAUGGGUGCAGCUUUUCUGCAUGGAGGAAUUCCACAUCUUUGCUUCAGUUGCACCCCCAUGUCAGAUGCUGUUCUAUCAGACUGCCCCUCUUCUGCCAUACCUUGGGGUCAACAUUAUAAAUUAGGAGGCAUUCGUUUCACAGCAGUCCUCAUAUUUUAAAUCUAUAUCAUUUUGACUCUUCCACCUUCUUUUAAUUCUAGCAUCUCAGCUUAGGCUUUAAUUUCAACAUGGAUCUGUCUCAGUUCUAGGACGUGCUUGCAGUUUAGUGUGAUAGCAGGAAACAGAAGGCUGUGGGGAUACCUCAUUGCAGCCUUCCAAUACUUAACGUGCAUUUAUAAAUGAGAGGGAGACAGACUUCUUACAUGGUUUGAUAGGACAAGAAAGAAUGGCUUUAAAUUAAUAAAAGGGAUUUUUAGAUGAGAUGUUAGGAGGAAAUUCGUCACUCAGAGUGUGGUGAGGCCCUGGCACAGCUGCCAAGAGAAGCUGUGGAUGCCCCAUCCCUGGAGGCAUUCAAAGCUGGGAUGGAUCAGCCCUGGGCAACCUGAGCUAGUGGGUGGCAAACAGUCCAUGGCAGGGGGAUUGGAACUGGAUGGUCUUUAUGGUCUCUUCCUACCAAAACCAUUCUGUGCUUCUAUGACUUUAUGAUCGUGUACAUCUUCUUUUCCUUAUUUAUUUUCUAUCUUAAAGAAUCUAAGUAAUAAAAUAGUGAACAGUGAUGCAUAAAGACAUCAAGGUGCAAGACGUGCAGAUCAAUUCAUACAUUGAGACUCCUGUUUCACAUUUGAUGUAGACACAGAAAGAGGCCUCUUGCAUGCCUUAGGCUUGCUUUAUGUUCUUUUUCGAACUGUGAUACUGAAAACUGAUUGUUUAAAAAUGGAAGCUUAAAUGUGAAGAGAGUGACAUUUCCUGUCAUCAUGAAGUUAGCCACUCAUAUGUGCCUGGACAGGACUAUCCAAGCAGUGGUGUGAAUGAGUUGUUGUGUGCCUUCUGAGUGGCAAGAUGAGGGGAGGACAGCAAAUGUGACUGUGAGGAGAAACCAUGGUAUUGCCAAAGGGAUAUCCUGCACAGAGAUACUACUUCUUCUUUAAAUAAAACACUUCAUUUCUUCUUUAAAUUCAUAGUGUUUAGAACUGUUGCAUGCGUCAAAGCUUGCUUAAUAUCAACUUGCUAAUAUCUACAUUUUCUUUUACCGUUUUACAACUAUGCAGAGAAGUACGAUUAAAAAAAUGUCUACUUGGAAGCCAGUUCUUACUGCAGGCUGGGCAUGUUUGCUUAAGUGCCAUUGGAAAUCCACUUCUAGUACUGUUAGUAUCUUGCGGGUUUUUUCCUUCUUCAUUUGCAUGAAUUGUAGGAUGAUGCUUGUUGAUGAUUUCAGAGGAAAGAAGGUGAGAAAAACUAUGUAUUUUCUGCCUCUCCCAGGACCAGGCAGUACUUGAGUCCACGGCCCAUGCCAGUGACUCAGGCACUGGCUUUGCAGCCAAAGUCAGCCCUGCGUUGUCAGUGGGAUGGCUAACACAUUAUCUCUUCUUUUGUACACUGUGGUUGUGUUGUGAGUUAACGUUAAUGAAGGGCAGUUGUUAACAGUACUUUAUCUAGCUACUUCAAGUAAGAAUGUAGGAUUCUGGCCUCUAAUUUUUACAACAGAAUAGCUAGUACUUUGUAACAAAUUUGCUGCUUUUUUUUUCAGUGAAAAUAUUGUCGCAAUUAGAAGUCUUGAGGCACUCUAUCAAAGCAUUUCUGGAGUUCAGACCAGCAUACAGUCUAGCAAAGUCACUUUCUAAAAUAACUUCUCCAGUUGGCAACGGAUACAUCAAGCCACCUGUCCCACCUGUUUCUGGUACGCAGAGAGAAAAAGGACCUCCAGCCAUGUUGCCUAUUAAUGUUGACCCAGACAGUAAGCCAGGCGAAUAUGUUCUGAAGAGCUUGUUUGUUAACUUUACUACUCAGGCUGAACGCAAGAUUCGUAUCAUCAUGGCAGAACCUCUUGAGAAGCCACUGACCAAAUCUCUGCAACGAGGAGAAGACCCCCAGUUUGAUCAAGUAAUAAGCUCAAUGAGCUCACUUUCAGAAUACUGCCUGCCCUCUAUUCUGCGCACUUUGUUUGAUUGGUACAAAAGACAGAACGGCAUAGAAGAUGAAUCUCAUGAGUACAGACCAAGAACAAGUACUAAAUCCAAAAGUGACGAACAGCAAAGGGACUACUUAAUGGAAAGAAGAGAUCUGGCUAUUGACUUUAUAUUUUCUUUAGUAUUAAUAGAAGUUUUGAAACAGAUUCCACUUCAUCCUGUAAUAGAUGCUUUGGUACAUGAUGUUAUUAACUUGGCUUUCAAGCACUUUAAAUACAAGGAAGGGUACCUUGGUCCUAACACUGGAAAUAUGCACAUUGUCGCGGAUUUAUAUGCAGAAGUUAUAGGUGUACUAGCUCAAGCAAAAUUUCCUGCUGUAAAGAAGAAAUUCAUGGCAGAAUUAAAAGAGCUACGGCAUAAAGAACAAAGCCCGUAUGUAGUUCAAAGCAUUAUCAGUCUCAUAAUGGGAAUGAAAUUCUUCCGUAUUAAGAUGUAUCCUGUGGAGGACUUUGAAGCUUCUCUUCAGUUUAUGCAGGAAUGUGCACAUUAUUUCCUUGAAGUUAAAGACAAAGAUAUCAAGCAUGCCCUGGCAGGACUGUUUGUUGAAAUUCUAGUCCCCGUAGCUGCUGCUGUUAAAAAUGAAGUGAAUGUCCCCUGUCUGAGGAACUUUGUUGAAAGCCUGUAUGAUACAACACUUGAACUUUCUUCACGAAAGAAGCACUCAUUGGCUUUGUAUCCUUUGGUAACAUGUCUACUUUGUGUCAGUCAGAAGCAGUUCUUUUUAAACAGAUGGCAUAUUUUCCUCAACAACUGCCUGUCCAAUCUCAAGAAUAAAGACCCCAAAAUGGCUCGAGUUGCACUGGAAUCACUGUACAGACUACUGUGGGUUUACAUGAUCAGAAUUAAAUGUGAAAGCAAUACAGCUACCCAAAGUCGACUUAUUACGAUUGUCACAACACUUUUCCCCAAAGGGUCCCGUGGUGUUGUGCCAAGAGAUAUGCCCCUAAAUAUCUUUGUGAAGAUAAUACAGUUUAUUGCACAGGAACGUUUAGAUUUUGCAAUGAAAGAAAUUAUCUUUGAUUUCCUUUGUGUUGGAAAACCUGCAAAAGCUUUCAGUCUCAACCCUGAGAGAAUGAAUAUUGGUCUGAGAGCUUUCUUGGUAAUUGCUGAUAGCCUGCAGCAAAAAGAUGGUGAACCUCCAAUGCCAGUGACUGGUGCUGUCCUUCCUUCUGGAAAUACUCUCAGAGUGAAGAAAACAUAUCUGAGCAAAACUCUUACAGAGGAGGAAGCAAAAAUGAUAGGUAUGUCAUUGUAUUAUUCCCAAGUGAGAAAAGCUGUGGACAACAUACUCAGACAUCUUGACAAGGAGGUGGGGCGGUGCAUGAUGCUAACCAACAUACAGAUGCUUAACAAAGAACCUGAAGACAUGAUCACUGGUGAGAGAAAACCAAAAAUUGAUCUGUUCAGAACAUGUGUUGCUGCUAUUCCUCGAUUGCUUCCUGAUGGAAUGUCAAAACUUGAGUUGAUCGACUUGCUGGCAAGGCUAUCUAUCCAUAUGGAUGAUGAACUUCGACACAUUGCACAAAAUUCUCUUCAGGGUCUACUUGUUGACUUUGUUGACUGGCGGGAGGAUGUGCUCUUUGGUUUUACUAAUUUUCUGUUACGUGAAGUGAAUGAUAUGCAUCAUACCCUACUUGACACUUCACUGAAGUUGCUGCUACAGUUGCUCACACAGUGGAAGCUUGUCAUACACACUCCAGGAAAAGCUGCUGAACAGGCAAAAGCCAGAUCUUCAGAGUUGAUACCAAAUGGAUCCAGCCACAGGAUACAGACUGAAAGAAGCCCCUAUUCUAACGUACUACAUGCAGUUGAAGGAUUUGCGCUGGUUCUGCUGUGUAGUUUCCAGGUUGCUACCCGUAAACUGGCUGUUUUAAUUCUCAGAGAGAUCCGUGCUUUAUUCCUGGCACUUGGCCAGGCAGAGGAUGACGACAGGCCUAUGAUUGAUGUCAUGGAUCAGUUAAGUUCUUCUAUUCUUGAGAGUUUUAUUCAUGUGGCUGUUUCAGAUUCAACAACAAUCCCUUUAACACACAGUGUGGAUUUGCAAUGGCUGGUGGAGUGGAAUGCAGUCUUAGUUAAUAGCCAUUACGAUGUGAAAAGUCCUUCCCAUGUCUGGAUAUUUGCACAGUCUGUUAAAGACCCAUGGGUUCUCUGCCUCUUCAGUUUUCUUAGGCAGGAGAAUUUACCAAAACAUUGUCCUACUGCUCUCAGCUAUGCUUGGCCCUACGCUUUCACUAGGCUACAGCUGAUAAUGCCUCUUGUGGAUCCAAAUAUUCCAGUCAACGCAAAGAAAACAAGUACAGCAAGCAGUGGAGACAACUAUGUUACUUUAUGGCGAAACUAUCUGAUUCUCUGUUUUGGAGUAGCAAAGCCCAGUAUCAUGAGCCCAGGACACUUGCGUGCUUCAACACCAGAGAUCAUGGCUACCACUCCUGAUGGAACAGUGAACUACGAUAAUAAGGCUAUUGGAACUCCAUCCGUUGGAGUCUUACUAAAGCAGCUAGUGCCUUUGAUGAGACUUGAAAGCAUAGAAAUAACAGAAUCACUUGUACUAGGAUUUGGAAGAACAAAUUCCCUUGUUUUCAGGGAAUUAGUAGAAGAACUUCACCCACUGAUGAAAGAAGCCCUAGAAAGAAGACCAGAGAACAAGAAACGUCGGGAACGCCGAGAUCUACUAAGACUGCAGUUACUGCGGAUUUUUGAACUACUUGCUGAUGCUGGUGUUAUAAGUGAUAGCACAAAUGGAGCCUUAGAAAGAGAUACAUUAGCCCUUGGAGCCUUGUUCUUAGAGUAUGUUGAUCUGACUCGCAUGCUUCUGGAAGCUGAAAAUGAUAAAGAAGUUGAAAUCCUAAAGGAUAUGAGAGCACAUUUCAGUGCAAUGAUUGCCAACUUGAUUCAGUGUGUUCCAGUUCACCACAGGAGAUUUCUUUUCCCUCAGCAGAGCUUGAGACAUCACCUUUUCAUCUUAUUCAGCCAGUGGGCAGGACCUUUCAGUAUUAUGUUCACGCCCCUGGACCGUUACAGUGAUAGAAAUCAUCAGAUUACAAGAUACCAAUAUUGUGCAUUAAAGGCCAUGUCAGCAGUGCUCUGCUGUGGACCAGUAUUUGACAAUGUUGGUCUUUCCCCUGAUGGAUAUCUAUACAAGUGGCUUGAUAACAUUCUUGCUUGUCAAGAUUUACGUGUUCACCAGCUUGGAUGUGAAGUCGUAGUCCUGUUGUUGGAAUUGAAUCCUGAUCAAAUUAAUCUCUUCAACUGGGCUAUAGAUAGAUGUUAUACUGGAUCCUACCAGCUUGCCUCUGGAUGUUUCAAAGCAAUUGCAACUGUGUGUGGAAGCAGGAACUAUCCUUUUGAUAUUGUGACGCUUUUAAACUUGGUGCUGUUCAAGGCUUCUGACACCAACAGAGAGAUUUACGAAAUUUCCAUGCAACUUAUGCAGAUUCUUGAAUCAAAACUUUUUGUUUAUUCAAAAAAGGUAGCUGAGCAAAGGCCAGGCAGUAUUUUGUAUGGUACACAUGGUCCAUUACCACCUCUCUAUAGUGUCUCACUUGCUCUUCUUUCACAUGAACUAGCAAGGAUGUAUCCUGAACUUACCCUUCCGCUUUUUUCAGAGGUAAGCCAGCGAUUUCCAACAACACAUCCAAAUGGAAGACAAAUUAUGCUUACUUAUCUGCUGCCAUGGCUUCAUAAUAUUGAACUUGUAGACAACAGACUGCUUCUCCCUGGUUCAAGCCCUACCACUCCAGAAGAUGAACUAAAGGACAAGGAUGGGGAAGUUUCAGUCACAAGUGGACUUAAAGGCAAUGGCUGGGGCUCUCCUGAGGCUACCUCCUUGGUUCUUAAUAAUCUCAUGUAUAUGACAGCAAAGUAUGGAGAUGAAAUUCCUGGACCAGAGAUGGAAAAUGUCUGGAAUGCUUUGGCCAACAAUGAAAAAUGGAGUAACAACCUUAGAAUAACACUGCAGUUUCUCAUCAGUUUGUGUGGCGUUAGUAGCGAUACCAUCCUUUUACCUUAUAUAAAAAAGGUUGCAAUAUAUCUGUGUCGCAAUAAUACGAUUCAGACAAUGGAGGAGCUUCUUUUUGAGCUGCAGCAAACUGACCCAGUGAACCCAAUAGUCCAGCACUGUGAUAAUCCUCCAUUUUACCGUUUUGCUGCCAGUAACAAAGCCUCAGCUGCAGCUUCUGGAACCACCUCAAGCAGUAACACUGUUAUAGCUGGCCAAGAUAGUUUUCCUGAUGUAGAAGAGAACAGAAUUGUGAAAGAGACUGAUGAAAGGUUCAGUAAUGUAGUCAGAGCACAUACUCGACUAGAAUCAAGGUACAGUAAUAGCUCCGGAGGAUCUUAUGAUGAUGACAAAAAUGACCCUGUUUCUCCAUAUACAAGCUGGCUACUGAAUAUUGUUGAAACCAAACAACCACAUCCCCUGCCUAUGCCUUACAAUGGAGGAUGUUGGGCACCACUUGUAGACUACCUCCCAGAAACUAUCACACCCCGAGGACCCCUUCACAGGUGCAAUAUUGCUGUCAUCUUCAUGACUGAGAUGGUAGUGGACCACAGUGUAAGAGAAGACUGGGCCCUUCACCUCCCUUUGUUACUACAUGCUCUCUUUUUAGGUCUUGACCAUUACCGCCCUGAGGUCUUUGAACACAGUAAGAAAUUGCUGCUUCACCUUCUGAUUGCACUGUCUUGCAAUAGCAACUACCAAGCCAUCGCAUCAGUGCUUCUUCAGACCAGAGAGAUGAACGAGACCAAGACUCUGACAGUACAACCAGCCUACCUACCUGAAUAUCUUUAUACAGGUGGCUUCGACUUUCUGCGGGAAUACCAGUCCUCUCCGGUGCCAGACUCCGGCUUGAGUUCCAGCUCCACCUCCUCCAGCAUCAGUCUGGGAGGCAGCAGUGGAAAUCUCCCCCAGAUUACACAAGAGGUUGAGGACAUGGACACUGCUGCUGAAACAGAUGAGAAAGCAAACAAAUUAAUUGAGUUUCUGACUACCAGGGCAUUUGGUCCACUGUGGUGCCAUGAAGAUAUCACACCUAAAAAUCAGAACACCAAGAGUGCCGAACAGCUUACUAAUUUUCUGCGUCAUGUUGUAUCUGUAUUUAAAGAUUCCAAGUCAGGUUUUCAUUUGGAGCAGCAUCUGAGUGAGGUUGCUUUACAAACAGCUCUUUCAAGCUCUUCACGACACUACGCAGGUCGCUCUUUCCAGAUAUUCAGGGCCCUAAAACAGCCCCUUUCUGCACAUGCAUUAUCUGACCUCCUGUCAAGAUUGGUGGAAGUUAUUGGAGAGCACGGGGAUGAGAUUCAGGGGUAUGUAAUGGAAGCACUGCUUACUUUGGAAGCUGCAGUGGAUAAUCUGUCUGACUGUUUGAAGAACAGUGAUCUUUUGACAGUGUUAUCUCGUUCAUCUUCGCCAGAUUUAACAUCAAGUACCAAGCUGACUGCAAGCCGGAAAAGCACGGGCCAACUGAAUGUCAAUCCUGCAGGCAGUAACACAGCCACUGCUGAACGAAGCAGACACCAGAGGAGCUUCUCUGUACCCAAGAAGUUUGGAGAUGUGGACAAGUCCUCAGAUCCACCUCGCAGUGCCACUCUAGACAGAAUUCAAGCGUGCACUCAGCAAGGCCUCUCCUCUAAAACCAGAAGUUCAUCUUCUCUAAAGGACAGUCUCACUGACCCAUCCCAUAUUAACAAUCCGACCAACCUACUGGCCACUAUCUUCUGGGUUGCUGUGGCUUUGAUGGAAUCUGAUUUUGAGUUUGAGUAUCUAAUGGCAUUGCGGUUACUGAAUAAACUUCUGGCUCAUUUGCCACUAGAUAAAGCUGAAAACCGAGAGAAGUUAGAGAAGUUGCAAGGGCAGCUGAAGUGGGCAGACUUCUCAGGGCUUCAGCAGCUACUCCUGAAAGGAUUUACCUCCCUUACUACUACUGAUCUCACACUACAGCUCUUCAGUUUGCUCACACCAGUGUCUCGAAUAUCCAUGGUGGAUUCCUCCCAAGCUAUAGGAUUUCCACUGAAUGUUUUGUGUCUUCUGCCCCAUUUAAUUCAGCAUUUUGACAGCCCAAACCAGUUUUGUAAAGACGUAGCUGAAAGGAUUGCACAGGUUUGUUUGGAGGAAAAGAACCCCAAGCUAUCAAAUCUUGCACAUGUCAUGACCCUUUAUAAAACACACAGCUACACAAGGGACUGCGCUACCUGGGUGAAUGUGGUUUGCCGUUAUCUUCACGAAGCAUUUGCUGAUAUUACUUUGAAUAUGGUUACAUAUUUGGCUGAGCUGCUAGAAAAGGGUCUUCCCAGCAUGCAGCAGUCCCUCUUGCAGAUGAUCUACAGUCUUCUCAGCUAUAUGGACCUGUCAGCUAUUCCUGUCAAACAGUUCAACAUGGAAGUGCUAAAAACUAUUGAAAAAUAUGUACAGAGCAUUCACUGGAGAGAAGCUUUGAAUAUCCUGAAGCUGGUAGUUUCUCGUUCUGCCAGUUUAGUUCUACCAUCAUAUCAACACAAUGAUCUUUCAAAAAUGGAAAUACAUCGAGUGUGGAACAGUGCUUCCAAGGAGCUGCCAGGGAAGACGUUAGAGUUUCAUUUUGAUAUUUCAGAGACUCCAAUUAUUGGGAGGCGGUAUGAUGAGCUGCAGAGUUCUUCCGGACGAGAUGGUAAACCCAGGGCAAUGGCUGUCACCCGAAGCACUUCUUCAACCUCAUCAGGAUCUAACUCCAAUGUCCUUGUUCCCGUGAGCUGGAAGAGACCACAGUACUCUCAGAAAAGGACAAAGGAAAAGCUGGUACAUGUCCUUUCUCUGUGUGGUCAGGAAGUUGGACUGAGUAAAAACCCUUCAGUGAUUUUUUCUUCCUGUGGUGAUUUGGAUUUGAUUGAGCACCAGACGAGCUUGGUGUCCUCAGAAGACGGAGCAAGGGAGCAGGAGAAUAUGGAUGAUUCAAACAGUGAACAACAAUUCAGAGUCUUUAGGGACUUUGAUUUCCUAGAUGUUGAGCUGGAAGAUGGGGAGGGAGAGAGCAUGGACAACUUCAACUGGGGAGUACGGAGACGCUCUCUGGACAGCCUGGACAAGUGUGACAUGCAGCUGCUGGAGGAGAGCCAGCUUUCUGGGAGCACGCCCAGCCUGAACAAAAUGAACCAUGAGGACUCCGAGGAGUCAUCAGAGGAGGAGGACCUGACCACCAGCCAGAUCUUGGAGAACUCAGACCUAAUUAUAAAUCUUUCCCCAUCCGAGGAUACAAACCACAUUGACUCACUUUCUACGUCAUGUGACACAACCUCAGCAGACCCUCAUCAUUUUAAUAUGGGAACAUCUAGCUUUGACGUGUCUUUGCCUGAUAUGAAUAAUCUCCAAGUGCCUGAAGGAUCCAAGGUUGAAGCCAUACAUGCAGAGCAAGACACAGCAGUCCACGAGGAUGAGCUUUCAGCAUCUACAAAUGAACUCCCUGGAGCAUUUGAAUGCAGUGAUAGCCUCAGUCUGGAUAUGACAGAGACUGAAGAGAAAGUUGACAGGCUGGAACAAUUUGCUCUUGCCAGUUUUGGAGAUGUUGAUCGAAAUGCCUCCCCUCCUCCCUCACCAUUUUUUUCUGCCAUCCUUGCUGCAUUUCAGCCAGCAGCAUGUGAUGAUGCAGAAGAAGCCUGGCGUAGUCACAUCAACCAGCUCAUGUGCGAUUCUGAUGGUUCCUGUGCAGUUUAUACAUUUCAUGUGUUCUCUUCCCUGUUUAAGAAUAUUCAGAAAAGAUUCUGCUUCCUAACCUGCGACGCAGCCAGCUACUUGGGAGACAACCUGCGAGGAAUAGGCUCCAAGUUUGUGAGGUCUUCUCAGAUGCUAACAUCGUGCUCAGAAUGUCCUACUCUUUUUGUAGAUGCAGAAACACUUCUUUCUUGUGGCCUUCUUGAAAAACUGAAGUUCAGUGUCCUAGAACUGCAGGAAUACCUGGACACAUACAACAACAGAAAAGAAGCAACUCUCUCGUGGCUUGCAAACUGCAAAGCAACGUUUGCUGGGGGCUCACGAGAUGGAGUUAUUACCUGCCAACCGGGGGACUCAGAAGAGAAGCAAAUGGAAUCUCUUGCACAAUUGGAACUGUGUCAGAGAUUAUAUAAACUCCACUUCCAGCUGCUGUUGCUUUUUCAGUCCUACUGUAAACUUAUUGGACAAGUGCACGAAGUCAGUUCCAUGCCAGAGCUGCUAAAUAUGUCAAGAGAACUGAGUGAGUUGAAGAAAAAUCUUAAGGAUGCUACUGCUGCAAUUGCAGCUGAGCCUCUGAGCAUGGAAUCUGAGCCCACGUUCAAUUCUACAGAAGCAGCCAUUCAGUCCAUGCUGGAGUGUCUGAAAAACAACGAGCUGGUUAAGGCUGUACGGCAAAUAAGGGAAUGCAGGAUUUUGUGGCCCAACGACAUCUUUGGAAGUAGCUCUGAUGAUGAAGUCCAGACACUGCUGAACAUUUACUUCCGGCACCAAACCUUGGGUCAGACGGGCACCUAUGCACUGGUGGGCUCUAACCAGAGCCUGACGGAAAUCUGUACCAAACUAAUGGAACUGAACAUAGAGAUCCGCGACAUGAUUCGCAGAGCUCAGAGUUACCGGGUCAUCAAUACUUUUCUUCCAGACUCCAGCGUUUCCGGCACAAGUCUCUGACAGGACUCUGGGCCCCUCUGUCAAGCUGGGAGUGCUGCCCUGUUGGAGUGAGGUGGCUCAAUGUCUUCUCAGCCUUACAAAGGUUUGGUCAAACUGUACUCACUCUUGUUACAUUUAGGAUUUCUUCUAAAAAGUUACGGGCUGAACUUCAAAUGUGUAGCAAUACUGUAAGGACGAAGGUAGCAUAGAGCAUCCAGGACAACAUCCUUUGUUCUCUGUUGCACAAAAACCAGUUAGCAUUUCACUGAGCAACUGCAACUCACUACUGAAGAAGUGACUUCCGUUGCAUUACCAAAGCCUACUACACUGAACAAUACUUCCUUUAUAGCAAAUUAACCUUAGGUUGGCAGAAGUGCAAUGUUUCCUUCACAAAAUAAUAUUUUUUGUUAUAAAAAAAAGAAAAAAAACUUGUACAUUUUUUUCCUUUUUUCUCUUAUUUGGUUGAGUGAAAGAUGGGCAGAAUGAAGCUGGCCACGGAAUCUUGCAAACUUGUUGGUCAAAAGCUGAGAGCCUGUGUGUAUGAAACAAAUAGUAAAUGGACUACAGUUUAAUGUACACUGUAAUUUGAAUAUGACUACCGUAUCUUAAAACAACGAGCUGCUAUGAAGUACAUUUCCUAAUGUUACUAGGCUACUGUCUCUGAAGGUACUGGAUCAUAUUGCAGAGGUCUGUUCUUAGGCCCCCGAGUGUCUUGGUAGAUUUUUUGUUUGUUUUUCUUUUCUUUUUUUUAAGAACCUUGGCGGCUUUUUACUAGAGGGUUGCUUUUAUGAAUAUAUUUAUACUAUUAAAGGAUGGUUGAUCUAAUUUAACUUGCCAUUUUGUAGGAGAAAGUCCCAUCGCAGUCAAAUCUUUUGAACUGUAUUGCAUGCUUAUUUUUAUUUAAUAUAAAUUUGGAGUAUAAAAAGUAAAAAAAUAUUAACGUGAAAUGCAAGGUCUCAUGUUAAGUUUCUUUAAAGAGAUGUCCUAUUUUAUUUGUAAUGUAUAUAUAUAAAAGUCAUACCUGUAUGUUUUUUUUCUUACAUUUAACUGCUGUCCAGUGUUAAAUGUAUGCAUGUAAAUCUGAUGCACAUCUGAGACACUUUUGUUCUGACAACUAUGUAACUUAUUCGCUCUGUAAAUACACUUACUGUUUUUGUGAAGUAAUUUUGGUUGAUACUUGGAUCAGUACAUCCACUUAACUAAAAUAUAAAAGUCAUAUAUAAUCACAACAGAGUAUUGUUAAGACUGUGUCUGUAUCUGUACCUAUAUUGCUACCAAUGGUAUGGAUGAGAAGCAGCCUCCAGAAGACACCUGUUCCAUGGCUUAUGGUUAAAUUAUUACAUUGAAAGAGACCCAGAAGUAGUAUUUUUUUCCUUUAUUAUCUCUGACUAAAGCAGAUUCAAACUGAAAAAGAAAAAAAAACACCACCAUCUGCAGGUGAAGGCUUAUUUCUGUUAAAAACAUUAACAACAGGCCUGUUAACUCCAGACUUAGUUUUCAAUGAUUUUUCUUCCUAGUACUGAAAGUGGAAGAAAAUCUGUCCAGCCUGCCAUGGCAGCCCAGGCUCUCAGAACACAGUAAAGCCCUCUCCCCUUUAACCCCAUUUCAGAAUGCUUGCUUGAUUUUAAGAGGAUCCUCAUCAAGAGGAAAACUCAAGUUGGAAAGAACUGGAUGAAGCACUUCAGGAAGUCACCUUGCUGUACCUCCACUUGAAGUAGCAGUAGCCACAAGGUCAAGUUACUCAGGCUUCUAGCCAGUUGAGUCUUGAAAACCUCUGAAGAUGGAGCGUACUGCUUCCUUGGACAGCUUGUUCUACUUGAGAGUCCAUGUAGUGGAAAAGCUUUUCACUUCCUUCUGAACCUCUCGGCUUCUGCCCCCUCAAAGCCCUAGGACAGCACAAGCAGUAGCAACAUCUUAAUAUGCUUCUUUAAAAGGUUUUUCCAAGGUUCUACUGACUGCAUUUUGUUCCCAUUAAUUGUGUUCAAUUACUCACUACCUUUGAGAUACCCUGGAAGACCAGAAUGCUCUGUGGUUGAAUUAAGCAACUAUAGUUGUAUAACAGUUUCUGUAGCUGCAGUGUCUAGACAAACUAGAAAACCCAUCUCAAAAAGCUUUUGAAGUUACACCAGCUUACUCAUCUUACAAGAUACACACAUUGUAUCCUUAGAAACCUGCUAUUUGAUUUUUAAGUAUACAUUUGCUAAGGGGGGGAAGAAACAUGCAGAUACCUCUACCACAAUUCCCCCCCAGCCUUCUUCCACACUAGUUCAGUUCAAGUGAAAGAAAC